ACUUCCUGCGCGGGAACCGGAGCCAUUCAGCCACCCGGCUCUCCGUGGUCCCGGCUCGCGUGGUAGCGGCAGCGGCGGCGUCUCCGUGAGGAGGCGCGCGAGGCCAUGACGUCAGCGUCCACAAAGGUCGGAGAAAUUUUCUCGGCGGCGGGCGCCGCCUUCACGAAGCUCGGAGAGCUGACGAUGCAACUGCAUCCCGUGGCCGACUCUUCCCCCGCGGGGUACGUGAGCCCGGACUGGGACGUGGAUGCUUGAGAGCCGACGCUUGGACUCAAUCACAGACACGGACCCCCUCUAGAACAGGGACAGAUGUUAGUUUCUGUUUGUGCCUGGCACAGCGCAGAGUAGGUGUUAAUAAAAGAUUGCUGAAUGAGGGAAUGAAUGACAGAUGAAAACAGACUGAGGCACAUAACCCGGACUCAUUUCACAGUUCUGCCCUGCUAUGAACCUGCAGGCCACAAACCACCACCAACCACUACCACCCACCCCAACUCAUGCGAUACCCUCAGAUUGCUGCAGACUGUGUUCAGGGGUACUGUCUUGCGAAGUGGACGGAGACGGAGAUAGAGAUGCUGAGGGCUGCUGUGAAGCGAUUUGGGGACGAUCUUAAUCACAUCAGCUGUGUCAUCAAGGAACGGACAGUGGCUCAGAUAAAGGCCACUGUGAAACGCAAGGUAUAUGAAGACUCUGGCAUCCCCCUUCCAACUGAGUCACCCAAGAAAGGGCCCAAGAAGAUGGCCUCUGGUGUCUUGUCACCUCCUCCAGCUGCCCCUCCACCCAGCAGCUCCAGUGUCCCUGAGGCCGGGGGUCCCCCCAUAAAGAAACAGAAGGCUGAUGUGACACUCAGUGCUCUGAAUGACUCCGAUGCCAACAGUGACCUGGUGGACAUUGAAGGGCUAGGAGAAACUCCUCCAGCUAAGAAACUCAACUUCGACCAGGGUAGGAGUCCUCCUCCCCCCAUACUAGCUAAAGGGGUUGGGGAGGAAGUGUUCACCUUGAUGGUAGGGGAGGGUCUCAGCAGGAGCCCCUCCCUUGUACAGGGGCUUCGGGAGAGACAGUGUUCUCACACACAGUGCAGGGGACUGGGUCAGUAAGUAGCAGGGUGUUUCAGGGAGGUGGGAGUUGUCUUUGGAAGCAUACUUGGGGCUCGCUCCAUCUCGGCCCAUCUUACUUCCUGUUCCAGACAGCCUGACCCUGGAAUCUGGCCUUCUCAUGACCUCUGCUGAUCCUCCCCUACUCUCCCGCUGAGCCUUCCACCUCUGACCCCUCACACCGUUCAUCCUGGACCUGUGGAUUGCCUGGGACUCUGAGCAAGGCCUGCACAAGAGAGGGCCUAAAGGCUGGUGGGGCUGUCCACCUUACUGUUCCUGUAAAAGCAUCUGCCCCCAAAGCCUUUGACCUCCACCUGAUGGACAUUUUUAUACAGAAAAUAAUAAAGAUUUUCCUCUCAGC